CUUCUCUCGUCUACAGGCGAGGCGCAGUUCAUCUCGAACGAGCCCAUUGCUAUUCUAUGACUAAGCACUGCUGUCAGGAAAUAAUCAUAACUAAGCAGUAGCCUACUGCAGUUCUAACGUUACGUGUGGUUUGUUCAAGUGGUGCUGCCGUACCCCAGCAGAAGCUGUUGUACGACUGCUGUGGAUACAACCUGUUGACAGCACAUGUGAUAUUCAGAGCAGUGAGCAGACAGACGAUAAGACGGAGACUCUCCACCUGGACAUGGAUCACCUGUUGUUGUUGUUGCUGAUGCUGCUGUGGAGCUCAGGACUCCAGGCAGAAGGAGAACACAAUUCACCAGAGUCUGUCAGGUUGGUGGGAGGAGACAGUCGCUGUGCAGGAACACUGGAGGUGAAACAUCACGGCGAAUGGAGACCAGUUGAUUACGAUCUCUGGACCCUGAAGACAGCAGAUGUUGUCUGCAGGAAGUUGGACUGUGGCUCUGUUGUUUCUGUAGGAAAGAGAACAGAGUCCUCAGAGAACUUUACGCAUGAGCAUGAGUAUGAGUAUGAGUAUGAGUACAACAAUCCCUUUUUUCAACAAAAUCUCAAAGUCAAAUCUGUGUGGAGGAUCGACUCUGACUGUGUUCAGUCAGAUCUGAGAGAGUGUGCAGAAUCAUCUUUCUCUUCCUACAUCAUGGAUCUCACCUGCUCAGACUCUGUCAGGCUGGUGAAUGGGACCAGUCUGUGCUCAGGCAGACUGGAGGUGAAGACUAGCCAGUCUACCCAGAAGUGGUCCUCAGUAUGUGAUGAUGACUUUGACCAGCAGGAUGCAGAGGUGGUCUGUAGGGAGCUUGGCUGUGGGGCUCCAUCAGUCCUACAGGGGGUGCUCUAUGGAGAAAUGGAGGCUCCAAUGAGGACCAAAGAGUUCCAGUGUGGAGGCAGCGAGUCUGCUCUCAUGGACUGUAGAAGCUCAAGCUCAGAUAGAAACACCUGCUCAUCUGGAAAAGCUGUUGGACUCACCUGCUCAGAGCCUGCUGUUGUCAGGUUGGUGGGAGGAGACAGUCACUGUGCAGGAUCACUGGAGCUGAAACAUCACAGAGAAUGGAUCCGACUUAGUACUAAAUCUGGCUGGACCCUGAAGACAGCAGCUGUGAUCUGCAGAGAGUUGGGCUGUGGCUCUGCUCUUAUUGUAGACGAGGGAGUUAUUGAAGACGCACCUUUGUGGGGGAUCAGCUCUGACUGUGUUCAGUCUGGAUCUGCUCUGAGGGACUGUGCAACAGCACCUUCCUCUGACAAAAUCCUGUAUCUCACCUGCUCAGACUCUGUCAGGCUGGUGAAUGGGACCAGUCUGUGCUCAGGCAGACUGGAGGUGAAGACUAGCCAGUCUACCCAGAAGUGGUCCUCAGUGUGUGAAGAUGACUUUGACCAGCAGGAUGCAGAGGUGGUCUGUAGGGAGCUCGGCUGUGGGGCUCCUUCAGUCCUCCAGGGGGCGCUCUAUGGAGAAGUGAAGGCUCCAAUAAGGGUCAAAGAGUUCCAGUGUGGAGGCAACGAGUCUGCUCUCAUGGACUGUAGAAGCUCAAGCUCAGAUAGAAACACCUGCUCAUCUGGAAAAGCUGUUGGACUCACCUGCUCAGAGCCUGAUGUCGUCAGGUUGGUGGGAGGAGACAAUCGCUGCGCAGGAACACUGGAGCUGAAACCUCAGGCAGACUGGAGACCAUUGGUUGGCUAUAACUGGACCCUGAAGACAGCAGAUGUUGCCUGCAGUGAGUUGGGCUGUGGCUCUGCUGUUUUUGUAGAACAGAGAGAAGAUUCCUCAUACAGAUCUGUGUGGAGUGUCAACUCUGAUUGUAUACAGUCUGGAUCUGCUCUGAGGGAUUGUGCAACAUCAUAUUUCUCCAAAUCCACCCUGAAUCUCACCUGUUCAGGCCUGCUGCUUCAGCCCAACAUCUCUGUGUCCUUCUCCAUGGACGGGGUCUCCGAGGCCCAGCAGCAGGGGUUCCGGGUGUUCAGGGGUUUCAACUUCACCAUUAGCUGCUCCAUCCAGCCACAGUACCCAGGAGGCUCCUUCCAGCUCACCUUCACCUCCUCCGACUCAGCACACAACUCCACCCAGCCAGCUGUCAAUAACUCUGCCCACUUCCUGUUUCCUAGAGUAGAGCCCGCCCACCAAGGAAGCUACAGCUGUGUUUAUCACUUGUAUGUUUUCUCUCAUAACUUCUCCUCUGAGAGCCGUCUGCUCUCUCUCACUGUCAUAGGUAAGCUGACCGUUUACAAGGUUGAAAAAGAGGAUUUGUCCAAACUGAGUGAAAAUAAAGAGCUGAUGACAUUUCUUUUUUUUGUGAUUAACAAUUUUUAUUUAUUUUUAACACAACACACUGUUGGGAAAUUGGAAGGUACAGAUUCAGUUAUAAACUGUCUUGUCCUGCAUGCACGUAACCCUGUGCAACCUGACCAGCAGCUAAACACCUUCCACCAUCAAGCUCUGGAGACUGCGAUCGUCCUAACUCAGUUUAUUUGACUUAGAAACUGGGGAAUGAAACACAGUGACCAGUUACUCACAUACUGAUGAGUCACAAACAUUACACAAUUUUAAUUGUAAAAACAAUAUAACUACACCUCACUGUAAUGCGGUAGUAUAUACAGUAAGUAACAUGUAAGCUGAAAAAAAGGAAAUACAUAAUGUAUUGUUAUACAGUGUACGUAAUUUGACCUAUAUUGUUUAUCUAAAUAAACUAAAGUAUACUUACAUGUAGCACAACCCAAGAUAAUAGUGGCAAACUAGCUUAUUGAAGCAUACUGUCGGUCUAAUGAGCUAUCAAUCAUCAAAAAUGUACAUAUUGCACAUCAAACUUACUGACAAUAAUUAAAGAUAUAAGAACAGUAUGUCAGCAUCUAUUUCACAUACCGAGAAUGCUACCAAAGGCAUAGAACCCGCCUAUACCAUGGUCACUUGAGAAAUUACAUUCUUUAAGACCAUUAAUUGAUAUUUUGUUGAGUGUUUUACAAUUAAAAUCCAAAGUUUAUCAAACAAUAACGUUUUCCUGGUAAUACCUGAGGGUUUGACAAAUACCUGGAACAAUAAUUUAUAUCCCUAAAGAUUCUUCUGCAGUGCAGACGUCCACUGCUCUAGUAAAUAGGACGGACCUUCGAUACGACUUGCCACGCUUAGCAACGGUAGAUAUUUAAAUAUAAUGUGACAGUAUGUUAAACAACAAGACUAUCUAGCUAUCAGCCAUGCCAUUGUCCCCAAAUCAAUUAGUCAGACAGGCAGUGUUUCACAACCUUAAUAACGUUUUUUUUAAAUCUUGCCCAGUUACUCUCUUGUUUAGAUAUAAACCUACGGUCAAAUUAGCUACAAAAGUAGGGUGACCAGAUUUCCCGGAACUAAAACCGGGACACUUUGCGAGUGAC